AUGACCACUUCACCUGCACGGAUCGAGCUCCCAGGCUACGGCCUUCCAUUGAACCACCCAGUCCCGGCUAAAUAUUCCUUGAAAAGAGUAACACUGCCCAAUGCACUGGAUAGCAAAGAUAUUUAUGACGGCUACAUCGGCAAUCUCCUCGUCCACCGCGAGAUCCUCAUGCUGCAAAUCAUGAACACCAUCUCCGAGAAGCCCAACUGGGACCGCAAGGUGUUCGACGAGGAAAUCACGGCCAAGUGGCGCCAGGAGAUCGCCGAGGCCGGGCAAGACGUCACCCCCACCAUGGUCGACGCGAUCAUUGCCGAGAUGAGGUGGAAAGCAAAGGUGCUGCAGGAGGAGGGGACGUUCGCCGUCUUCGAUCACGUAGGGGUCGUCCGGUCUGACACAGCCAUCCCCAAGGACCUUCAGCAGGCACUGCGGGACGCCGUAGCGCCAUUGGAAGACAUCCCCGAGGAGGCGAAAGACUACCACCCAGGCUCAGACAACAAGGUCCUCGACUUGGUGCAUCCCUCGCUAUUUCCGCUCCUCUACGGCCGCACGCGCAUCCUGCCGGACGGCACCAUGACCGUGGCCAACUGUCUCGAGCACCUCGGCCACGGAGAUGUGUUGCCCGUGCCCACGGACGAAUCCAAAGGCCAGGGCCGCGAUCCGCACUGGCGCUGGAUGUCUUCGGGCUACAAGGUCUACAGCCAGAAAUUCCAAUGGCUUCCGUGCGACGUGGAGUUUUCUGACAACGACGACUGCCGCAUCGUCUCGUACAUCAACAACCUCCACCCGCAGCGCCAUCAGAGCCUGUACGCGGUCGUCGAGAACGUCAUCGCCCGCGCCAUCCCGCAGUGGAACAAAAGCUUGACCAGAACUCGGCAGCACGAGAAUGUCCGCAUCCUCUACGACCGGGUGGAGUACCUGGACCGCUCGACUCCGGAGCCACAAUGGGAGAGCGAGAAAGAAGACGAGGAGGGCUAUGAGGAUGACUAUCAGCAGCGCUCGGAUGCAUGGUGGAAGGCGCGCCCCAUCAAGCUCCCCGAGCCUCGACCCACCUUCGUGCCUCCGAAGGUCUCCUACGAGGGGCCGAUGGAUCUGCGCGACAAGUUCCGCGAGACCGGGCUGCAGGUGAUCGUCAAGCUGGCGAACAUCGAACUGACGCCCGAGAAGCCGACCUACGAGGGCGGGUCCUGGCACAUCGAAGGGCAGCUGAAUGAACGCAUCUGCGCCACAGCGAUCUACUACUACGACAGCGCGAACAUCACGGAAAGCCGCCUCGCCUUCCGCCACCGGGCCCAAACGAUCUACGACAUGGGCUACGAGCAGGAUCGGCACGAGUUCAUCCACGCGGUGUACGGGUUCAGCGCGGACGUCGAUGGCCACAACGACAGCGCGCACUUCACGCAGGACCUGGGCAGCGUGGUCUGCACCGAGGGGCGUCUGGUCACUUUCCCGAACACCGUGCAGCACCGCGUGGCGCCGUUCGCGCUGGCGGACCCCACGAAGCCGGGCCAUCGCAAGAUCCUGGCGCUGUUCCUGAUCGACCCGCACCGUCGGGUGAUCUCCACGGCUAACGUGCCGCCGCAGCAGGCGGAGUGGGCGGGUGACCAGGGGGCGUUGGCGCAGGGGUUGAUGACCAUGGAGGAGGCGAAGUCGUAUCGGUUGGAGUUGAUGGAGGAGCGGAGUGUGUUCCAGGACAAGCAGAAUGACGCAUUUGAGACGGGCUCGUUCUCGCUGUGUGAGCAUUAG